AUGUCGUCCUGCUCGAUUCCGCUGCCUGAUCUGCCGGCCGGCUUUCCUUCCAACGAUUGCAAUUGCACCCAUCGCGUGGAUGAGUCGUUGCUACGGCGUGGACGACCCCUCGGUCCGGCGGCACAAGGCACCGUCAGACAUUCGCUGACCUCUUACCUCACGCCACUUGGGCCACUCGGUUCGUCUCUCCACUUUACGCCCUCGUUGCCGCCCGACCUUUGGCCCGGCCCACAUGCGCCCGCGGCCGACGGCCUCGUCUACGCCCCUGUCGUCGGCGACUCGGCCUCCAACCUGCUCGCCUCUUUUGCGUCCGGUAGAGCCGCAGUCGGCCCAAUCCCGUCGCGUUGCCCCCCGCCUCUUCUUCCCGCCCUCACCUCCUCCCCCGACUCGUCUCUGCCCUCCUGCCUCUCCCUGCCCCCCUUGGAAUUCUCCGCCCGCCUCGUACCUCCACUGCCCGGACUGCACAAGGACCGGUCAGUCUCGUCUUCGCUUCUGCCAUUUCAUCGUCUCUCCGUGGGCGCCAGCAACACUCGCUUUUGGCCGCCCACAGGCCCCCCCCACCUCGGCUUCGCCAGCCUGACUGGUCUUUCAGACGCCUCCCGAUUCUACACAGCCCCGUUGCUACCCAUCUCCAUCGGACCGCAUUCGGGCUCCGUGCCGGGCGAGGAGCUGUCGCGAUGCCAACUAGACGCGUCGGUUGCCAUGCCCGAUGCUGCGGCAACUGCAAUGAUGGCGCGAAUUCCUGAAGAGGUGUCCUGCAAUUUCAGCCUGCCCGACGCGGCUCCAAUGGCGUCUGGUUGCUACGGGCCCCGGGAACAGGGCUCGAGCGAGGCUGACGACAGGCCGAGUCUCUACUCGUCAGUCAGCGUGGCCGGGCUGGAGGCCAGUGGGACUCGGCCGGUCGAUGCGGCGCUGGACAACACCGUCCAACGGGACGGGGCGAGAAUACGGCCAUUGGACAGUCAUGACUCGACGAGAGAAUGGCUGAAUUGGAAGGAGGGACACUUUGGCUCAGUCACCGGUUUGGAGUCAAUCAAGGGCAGGGGCCAAGGAGACCAGAUCAAGUUGACGCUCGGAGAAGCAGAGUCUCGCAAUUAUGGUGAGUUGCGCUUUUUUAUGCGAAGAAAAGUUGGGUUUCGAGGAAUCUCUUGCUUCAUGAUUGUGGAGUUUACUUCCAUUUCAAGUGAAAGUGUUCCAUCUGAAGACGACGACGGAUUCCUCUCGACCAGCCGUCGAUUGGCUUUACUGGAACAUUCAUGCUGA